AUGAGUGGACGCGGUCCGACUCUUAUCAACCUACCCCCACCACCAUCCGACCCUGCCACUCCCAGCGAACUGGGUCCAGGCACACCCAAUUCGACGACCACGUCACUCUCCACCCUCUCUGUCAUUGCGAUCAAAGAUGGCGCAGUCGGUCACGGCCACGGUCCCAGCACCCGCAACUCAGCCAACACCCUCGAAGCCGAGCGCGCAGAUCGCAUCUCCCGUCUAGCGGGCCUCGAACGUGUCGCUACUGCGCGUCAAGGCGGCGGAGGACAUGCCGGAACAGCCGCUCAUCCCCCACCCAGCUACUUCGACAACGUCCCUCAGAUCAAGGAGCGCAGCACGGUAGGCAGCGCAAGUGCUACUGGCAGCGUUGGUGGUAGGACUACCUGGGCUAGUGGCAGUGUAGACUACGAUGGUGACAAGAUGAGUGAAGAUCAAGACGAUGGCGUGUCUAGCACGGGUGGGUUCAGCGACGAGGACAAGGCCAGUCUGGUGGGCUUCGGCGAGGGUGCUGGCAGCACAGUCAGUGGUCCGGUCUCCACGGCCAGUGCGCGGGCAAUGGGAGCGCGAGCCAUGCAGAGCCCUUCUACUCCACGAUCUGGAUUUCCGCUGCCGCCUUCUGGACAGAGCACUCCUAUGAGUGGUGUUGUGCCCAGUGGUGCGGCUGGCAGCACCGAUCCCAAGAUGAUGGAUGGCAUCUCGUAUGAUGCGAACAUUGUCGACUCGACUAUGCAGCCUGGACCGCCGGUCGGUCAGCCACAACCGAGCAAUCGCUUUAGUGGAGUCGGCGCAGAGAUGGCGGAGGGUAUCAUGGGCAAUCGUCUGAAUGAAUCUGGUAGCGGGCGUGACUCACGCAUGAACGACCCGGACGGUGCUCAGACAUUGGGAAGAUUUCCGUUCGAACGAGAUUAG